UGUAUCAGCCACACCCACCUAGGGCGGCCUUGCCUCAGGGCCCGCCCACUUCCGGCCUCGCGUGGGCCGCAAUCACUGUUCCGCAGUUCCCGCCUGCAUUCUUCGCGCCCUCUUCCUGGAGUCCCGGCUCUCCUUCAGCCCGCCCUAACACUGACACUCAGUCCUCAGUCGUCGAGGGCAGCUCCCGCGAGGGGCUCGUUUGGCGAACUCAAAACGCUCAGCGCGCACCACAGGGCGUCCGCCCCGACCCCGCCCCCCGUCCACCGUCCCCGGAGGCCUCCAGCUCGGCCCCGCCCCUGUCCCUUCCCUGUGGCGGAGCCGCUUCGCCUCGCGCCCCGCCCGUUACUGCAGCGCUCCCGCCUUCCCGCCGCCGUUGUCGGGACCAGCCGCUCGGGGCCGGGCUGAUACAGCCGCUUCACCGCGCCCCUCCCCGCGACCAUGGCCUCCUCCGAGGUGGCGCGGCACCUGCUCUUUCAGUCUCACAUGGCAACGAAAACAACUUGUAUGUCUUCACAAGGAUCUGAUGAUGAACAGAGAAAAAGAGAAAACGUUCGUUCCUUGACUAUGUCUGGCCAUGUUGGUUUUGAGAGUUUGCCUGAUCAGCUGGUGAACAGAUCCAUUCAGCAAGGUUUCUGUUUUAAUAUUCUCUGUGUGGGGGAAACUGGAAUUGGAAAAUCAACACUGAUUGACACAUUGUUUAAUACUAAUUUUGAAGACUAUGAAUCCUCACAUUUUUGCCCAAAUGUUAAACUUAAAGCUCAGACAUAUGAACUCCAGGAAAGUAAUGUUCGAUUGAAAUUGACCAUUGUGAAUACAGUGGGAUUUGGUGACCAAAUAAAUAAAGAAGAGAGCUACCAACCAAUAGUUGACUACAUAGAUGCUCAGUUUGAGGCCUAUCUCCAAGAAGAGCUGAAGAUUAAGCGUUCUCUCUUUACCUACCAUGAUUCUCGCAUCCAUGUGUGCCUCUACUUCAUUUCACCGACAGGCCACUCUCUGAAGACACUUGAUCUCUUAACCAUGAAGAACCUUGACAGCAAGGUAAACAUUAUACCAGUGAUUGCCAAAGCAGAUACGGUUUCUAAAACUGAAUUACAGAAGUUUAAGAUCAAGCUCAUGAGUGAAUUGGUCAGCAAUGGUGUCCAGAUAUACCAGUUCCCAACGGAUGAUGACACUAUCGCUAAGGUCAAUGCUGCGAUGAAUGGACAGUUGCCAUUUGCUGUUGUGGGAAGUAUGGAUGAGGUGAAAGUUGGAAACAAGAUGGUCAAAGCUCGCCAGUACCCUUGGGGUGUUGUACAAGUGGAAAAUGAAAACCACUGUGACUUUGUAAAGCUGCGGGAAAUGCUCAUUUGUACAAACAUGGAGGACCUGCGAGAGCAGACCCAUACCAGGCACUAUGAGCUUUACAGGCGCUGCAAACUGGAGGAAAUGGGCUUUACAGAUGUGGGCCCAGAAAACAAGCCGGUCAGCUACAGGCCAAAUUUGAGCACCUUAAGAGACUUCACCAAGAAGAGAGAAUGAAACUUGAAGAAAAGAGAAGACUUUUGGAAGAAGAAAUAAUUGCUUUCUCUAAAAAGAAAGCUACCUCCGAGAUAUUUCACGGCCAGUCCUUUCUGGCAACAGGCAGCAACCUGAGGAAGGACAAGGACCGUAAGAAGUAAGAGACCCAGCCACCCUCCUUGGCAGCCCUGCCCGCACUUGUCACAUUGCCCUGUCGGAUCUUCCUUGCGCUUCUUACUUCUGCUUCCUUAUGCUUUGUCUGCCUCCUCCAACUAAAUGUCAGCUCUUGGAGAGGAGAGACCUUGUCCCUCUUGUCCACUGCGGUUUCCCCAGCAUCCAGAACAGCACCUGGCACAUGUUAUGUGUUCAGUAUUUGCCAAAAUGAAUGAAUGAACAAAAUAAAAAUACAUCACAGUGUAGAAAGGAUCAGUUAGCUGGGGGAAAAAUGGCUGCUCUUAUUUCAUAGCCCAGUCGUGACCCUAGUACACAGCUAAUGGCUACUGACCUACCAUGAGUUAUUUUGAAUUUCAUGUCUAAAUGAAGCUGUACCCUUUGUUGGGGAAUUAUAGACAUAGAUAGUAUUUCAUUAAACUAAUUCUUAGGUUCAUUUUUUUAGAACAAAUUCUACUGAUACUGAUUUUGUGAGAAUUUUUAUUUUAAUAAGGGAACCAAGCUGUGGAUUCGAACUCCUGUGCGUUGAUGUCAGAACUUGUGAAAACAGUGGUGGACGUAAAGAUGCAGAGAAAGGUAGAGAGGGCCACAGUGCAAGGGGGCGGCCAUGAGUAGCAUGUGGAUGAUAAUCACAAGGCGUGUAGGUUUGGGGUAUGUGUUAAAAUCAGUUACCCAAGUUUUAGAAAAUAAGUUUAUUUUUCCUUUUUGAUAAUUUCCUUCUGUACUUUGUGUCCCUUGUUUUAUUUCUCCCACUAAAGAUGUCCCUGUUGGUUUAACUAUUUGGCUGCUGAGGAAAUUCAUCACGCCUUGUUCUGUUCAGAAUGCUCAUUUGGUGGACUCUGCCUCAGUUUACUCUAGCUGCCUCUGUGCUAGCAGCUUUGCAUGCUCCCAUGUUCCCCACAGAGCAACACAUCUGGUUUAAUGCUCUCACUGCAUCUAUGUCAGACCCAUUUUCAGAAUAUUGCAACUCAACUUUAAAAUAGUAAAACAUAACCUUGGCCCAUUGGUGGCUUUCAAUUUUUUAAACAUGGAGAAGUAAACCACAGGACUUUGGCAGGUUUUAUUGGCUUAUAUAUUUUACAGGGUUUUUUUUGGGAAAAGAAGAAGGAAUUCGCAUGUAUGAUCUUUUAAUGUAAACUCUGCAAGGGCAUGGAUCAUUAUCUUGUUCAUUGAUAUAGCCAUCCCCAGAGCCUAGAGCAGUUGUCUGGUACAUAGUAGGCAUGCAAUUACUUUUUAAAGAAUAAGUAGUAUAAAAGCUGUAUUUUAUUCAAGCAUUGAAUUUCAAAAGAUAAACUAUAAAUUUAUCACUGCUUUUCAACCUGCUUUGAAUUUUAAAGCUUAUAGCUCUUUUAUUAAUACCUUUUUUCCUUUCAUCUUAACCCAGUGUUACUAAAAUUAGAUUUCCCAUUUUUUCGCCUAUAUGAAAGAUAAUUUACAUUUACCUUGUAAAAAUUAUUUCCCUGCUCCACUUGAGAACCCUGCUGUUGUUUGCAAAAUCAGGGCCAAACCCGUAUUUUUUGAGAGCUCUCUAGAAGAAUUUAUCUUCAAGAAAAUAUGGUUUGGUGUUUUUGGUUUUUUCUUUGCUUUUUCAAAGUCCCAUAGCCAGAUAUCCUAUAAUAUACUAGGUGCAUAUUUACUAAUUUUUACUUCUUGAAUGUUUUCUUUCAAAGUGUACCAAUCAAAAGGUUCUUUUUCUUUCCAGCUCCAAUUUUUUGUAAAACAGAAGUUCCAGAGCACAGAAGGUCAUCAUCACAAGCAAACUUUAUUAAAAAAAAACUAGAAGUGUGCUUUGAUUUUGCUGUUUUUAUUUGUUUUAUCACUUCUAUAUUUGGUGAACGGCCACAGUUACUGAUAUUUAUGGAAAAGUACUUUCAAGUACAAGGUCAAUACAUAAGCCAGAGUGAAUGAUUCUACAAGUUGAGCAUCUCUAAUUCAAAAAUCUGAAAUCCAGAAGCUUCAAAAUCUGAAUCUUUCUGAGCACUGACUUGACCCCACAAGUGGAAAAUUCCCCACCUGACACCUUUGCUUUCUGAUGGUUCAGUUUAAACGGAUUUUGUUUCUUGCACAAAAUUAUUAAAAAUGUUAUAUAAAUUACUUUCAGGCUAUAUGUAUAAGGUGGAUGUGAAACCUGAAUUAUGUAAUUAGUCAGGUCCCAUUGUAUAUAUGCAGAUAUUCCAGAAUCUGAAAUCCAAAACACUUCUGGUCCCUAGCAUUUUGGAUAAGGGAUACUCAGCUUGUACCUACAUAUUCAUAUAUAUUCACUGUUGUUAGAAAUUUUUAAGUUGCUGUUUUGUGAUGAAUCCAAAUCUUUUGUCUUGCUACCAAGCUAUUGUCACUGCAGUGCAUUAUACCAAAGAGCAAAGUGUCAGUGCCAUUGAAAAUACAGAACCCAUUAAUAUCGUGACUAUAUGAUUGCAUUUAUAUUCCAAGGUGAACCUUUUUUAUACUAAAAAUUUUGGGGAAUAUGUUUUGGGAUGUAUUAUAGAGCUGAAACUCUAACCUCUUAAUAGUUUUAUAGAAUUUAAAAAUUUUUGAUACAGUUACCCAAUUGGUGAUACGAUCUUAAGCUUUUAUGUCAAAUUAUUUAAUAUGACUUCAUGCUUUAUUAUGCCUUAUUAUGGCUGAUGUAUUACUGUGGUGGAACAAAAUAUCUUUAAAAGUUAAAACAUCCAAAUAUAUAAACUCUUUUUUCCUAAUGAUAAAGUACCUUUGAGUAUGAGUGUAUCACAGCUUUUAUUAGGAAAACUUUUCAUUACAUGCUUGUUUAAACUCUGUCUUCCAGGGGAAAAAUAAUAAGGUUGAAUCAUUUUAUUAAAAAUACAUUUUGAGAAAAUAACUAGGAACAUCUGAAUAUUAAAGAUAUGAAAAUGCACAUAAUUCAUAUUUCAGGUGGUAUUUGCACUCAGUGCCUUACUAGUAUUCUCAGAACAUUUUAAUGAUUUCUAACAUUUCUUAACAGUCAUAGAUAUAUAAAUUUUCAUUUUUUGUACUUGAGUAUUCUAAAUAAAACUGACAUUUACUCUUGACAAAUAAAACAUAUAUUUACUAAAAUGUGUUUAAUUUUCCUUUUUGAAAACUGUCAUUUUCAAAACAUUCAUUUAAUUACUCAUUUGAAUUAUUUUGGAGAUGAGGUAUUUUAUGAGUAUUUUCAGACAAUAAAACUUAUUAGUCUGUGUCAGAUUCUGAGCAAUCAUAAAGUCAUCCAAGUUGUAAAUAAAACCUUGCAUAACACAA